AUGACCGCUCAGGUGGAUGCGUUUAAGCACGAAAAUAAUGCGGCGACACAUCUCAUUGGGCAAGACUGGCAAAAAUUGAUAGACUUAAUUGAAAGCCGCCCGGAAAAUAGUGAAAUAAAGUCGUUUGACGGUGGAGGAGGAGUAGGAGUAGGAGGAGGACCUCAACAUCAGUAUAGGGGAGAAGACAACGUAUUAAGACCGCUACAGGAUGUUAAAAGACUGCGGCAAAAGGACAUGCCUCUUUUCGGACGGUGUCCGGAAACGGAUAAUUUUUACACCAUCGUUUGCUCAACCUGUUCCAUGAUACUCAUGCCACACGCAUUGAAAGAACACUAUGAAAAGCGUCACGGAGAUAGCAAUAAUAAGGGUGGAGGAGGACACGCGCAUAACGACGAGCAAACGGUCGAAUCCCUUUCCAAAGUUAAAUCAUCUAAUAAAAAGGUGCCACAAAUCAAACCGGAAAAAUCGGACAAAUCAAAAAGGAACGUCAAGUCCGAACCGACUGAAGAUGUUUUCAUAAAAGACUCAACGAAACGUUUAGAUAAAAAUGUCAAAAAAGGAAUGAAAUCGUUAGAUAAAUCCAUAGAAUUAGAAUAUUCAACGGGUAAUCAAAGGAGCGAAAGCAGAGGAGGAAAACAGAAAAACGCGAGAUUCUCUUUAGAACUUCAACCGAUCGUAGCUCUUAGUCCGAUACACGUCGUCGAAAACGAAAUCGAAGUCAAUGACAAUAAUAAAGAAUUACCAAAGAAUAAGAAGAGGGACAAGAAGAAAAGCGAGAGGAAAGCGGAUAAAAUAUACGAUCCGGAUAAGCAUUGCGGAGUAAUUAACGACAAUGGAAAACCGUGCGUGCGAAGUAUUUUAUGUAAAGUGCAUCAGGUGGCUUUGAAAAGAGCCGUACCCAAUAGAACAAUGCCCUAUGACAUGCUAAUUAAAAUAUUGAAAAAUCAAAACGACGAAGAGAAAAUCAAGGCUGAUAACAGUUUAAUUCGAUUGCCCAAGACGGAAAUUGGUGAAAAGAACGGAGAUGUCCAGGCCGGAAGCAAAUCUUGGACGAUCGAACAAACCGUUGUUAAAACGGGUGAACCUCCAAUAAAAAGACUGAAAAUAAAAGAAGAAGUCGUAGAAGAAGACGUAGAUCAAAAUCAAUUUACGUUGCCCUCCCAUCUGGAGGCGUUAAUUGAUGAAACGUUGAAAAAUCUCAAAGACGUGGACGAGAACGAAACGAUUCCCAUAAUGCCGGUGGCACCGAAACCCGAGCCACUCAUAAAAUGGGACAUGGAUCGGGAACCCCUGUCGAAAUCUCCGUCGCCUCCGCCCUCGAUAUUUCUAGAAGAUAUUCACUGGCACUCGAGUCAUCCGAAACCGUUGGCGACGAACACGUUCGGAUGCCGACUGAUAGGAGGUCUCAUGUCGACGUGUAAAAAAUUAGACACUCUGAGAAAACAUUUGCAAUCCGUUUGGACGUCGUCGGCAUCGUCGCCGCAACCCAUGAGAACGGCUUUCAACGACGUGUACAAUUCGAACAGCGCACAAAACACGAACGGUUCGAACGGUAAUUCCAAGGGUAAUUUUUCACUUUGCAAAUACGGUAAAAAACCCAAUCAAAACAAAACGGCGACGAUAAUAAAGAAAAACGUUCAACCCAGCGUCAUGUCGAAAAAUUCCGUGGCAAAACGUAAAAGGAGAUCGAAUUCGAACGGGAUGACGACCGUUCAAAACGCGUCGUCGAACGCAUCCGACAUAAUAUCGGGAUUGCUCAUAAGCAAUCCCGUACCGGUUCAGCGAACGGGAUCCGGUUCAGUUCCUACGAUACCCACCGGCGUAAUACCCGUUAAUUCGAUAACGGGUAACGGCGUCCCGCUACGACUUUUUCAAGGUUCGCUCCCCGUAAUCGCUUCCGCUUCUCCCAAUCAACCGGCAACGUUUAUUCAGCUCAACCUUUGUCCUCCCAAAUGA